AUGGCCGUGAGGGGCGGCGCGUCCUCGUCGUCGGCCACGCCUUCUUCACACGGCAUCGCCUCCGCUCUGCUCCACCCCGGCCUCGGGUCCCUUCGCGUACGCCCUCGCGGCUCCGCCCCGCGGCCGGCUCCCGCCCCCAGGCCCGCAGCACGGCUCCCCGUCGGGGCAUCGCCCCCGCACUUCCUCUACUCGCUGUUUCGACCAGCUCCGUGCGCCCGCAUGCUGCUGUGCCCAGGCGACCUCGCCAGCGCCGUCGUCCGUCGCCGCGGCUCCGCCCGCGCCUGGCGUUCCUGCCACUGGACGACGUCUGUGGGCUGGCCGCUCCCCUGCAACUUCACUGGUGCGCCUCGCCCUCGCGGCCGCCAGAACCAGUUGCGUCGGCUACGCUGGCCGCCUUCCGCCCGAGCUGGCUCCGCGCCUGGCGCCGUCUCGGCCCUCGGCCGUCCGGGUGGGGGGCCGGCCCUGUUCCCGAAGCUCCCGCCUGGCCGCCUUCCGCCCGAGCUGGCUCCGCGCCUGGCGCCGUCUCGGCCCUCGGCCGUCCGGGUGGGGGGACGGCCCUGUCCCCGAAGCUCCCGCCGGGUCGCCUCCACCCGCCGCCUGCGUCGGCUCGGCUCCGCCCGCGCGCCGGCUCCGCGUCCGCCCGGCCUCGUCCCGCUCCCAGCGCUUGGGCCGACUCCCCUCCGCCUGGUCCCGCCGUCCGGUUCCCCGGCUGGCUCCUCCUCUGGCCGGCUUCGCCCGCCCGCCUGCUGGCACAUCUGCGCCCCCGUCGCCGAUUUCCCGUGA